AUGAUGGCGAGAAGGUCCGCGUCGCGGGGAGGGCAAGCCGGCGCCUUCCCCGCGGCCCUGUCCACGGAGCAUCGCGGAAGCUUCCGCGCGGACGACGCCGAGCGCAAGGCGCACCACCCGUCCCUCCACAAGAUUCCCCGCGGCGCGCGCGUCGUUCUUUUAGCAGGCACCGUUAUAGUCACGCUUCUCGGGUUUGCCGCGUUCGCGUUUUCAGGGUCCUUCCGCCAAGCCCUGCUGAGUCAGCUCCGCCCGUCUUCCGCCAAUCCUUCCGCCGACCUCGCGCUCGAGGUCGAUUCCGCAGCUGUUUCCCGCGGGGAUGCGCAGGUGGCGGAGGAGGGAAUCGGGGAGGCCCGCGCAGCGGAAGGGGAAGGACCCUCAAUCAAACGUGGACUCACGCUCACGCUCACGCUCACUCCUGCCUCCUGCCUGCCUACCAACCAGGGCGUGCCAGCAACUCACCUCAUCGCGGAUUCAGACUCCCUCGCCUGUGCCCUCGUGGUGCGCCGCGCCUGCCACUUCUGGUCGCCUAUCGGCCUCCCCACCCCCUCUUCCUCUGCCUCUGCUGCUGCUGACGGUGCUGCUGAUACUGCUGAUGGUGGUGCCAGUAGUGGCAGUGGGAGUAAAGCCACCAUGACCCACGGGCACUACAGUGGGUACUGGUACAGCAUGGACGGCAGGGAUUUGUCUCUUCUGCGCUCCAAUGAUGACGUGGUCCAGGAGAAGAUGGGCAUCUUUCUGUCAGCAGAGCAGCGCGAUCAAAUACUGCAGCAGCAGUGCAAGCUGGGCCACAAGCCGCCAGAGUGGGCAGAUGUGACCUCCCCAGGGAGGCAGCUACCCAGGUACCGCCGGGCAGUGAUGUCACCGCACGACUCGUUCCUGGGGCACUUCUGGGAGCGCGUGGGCGUGCUGGCGGAGCUGCUCCUCGCCCUCCAUGAUGGGGAUGGUCUGGGCGGUGGGGUGGAUGGGGAGGGGGGAGAGGAGGGGGGUGAUGGGGAAGGGAGGAAUGAUGGUGGUUCCAGUGCUGAUGGCGGCGCUGCUGAUUCUGGUGUUGAGGAGAGUGGGGCAGCAAGAGGAGGGGAGGGAGAGGAAGAAGGGACAGUGGGGGAAGUGAUGUUUGGCACCGACAUUGAUGUCGGCACGUUCGCCGGCAAUCUGAGCCGCAUUCUCUUUGGUGGCGCCACGCCUCUCAUUCCCGGUCGCCGCCUGCACUGGGGGAAUGAGCCCCACCUGUGCUUUGGGGAGGUCAUCUUCCCUCUCCACACCGCUUAUUCCAUGAACGCCACAGAGUAUGUGAGGAGGAAGGCGUAUGCCUGGGCGGACGCCCGACUCACUGCUGCCGUCACUGGCGCCACUGCUGAAGGUACCAGUAAUGCCGAUGGUGCUGCUGGUGCUGCCACUGGUGCUGAUGCUGGUGGGGAGGAGGAGGAAGAGGCAGAGGAUGGGGAGGAGGCAGAGCAGCGGCUGCAGCAGCGGAGGGAGGCGGAGGAGAAACGUAGAGAAGAGCAGCUGUCUAAGCUGCCCUCUCCGUUGCAGGUGACAUGGCUGUACCGGUCCAAUCGUCGCACCAUCACAAACGUGGGAGACGUGCUGCAGCUGCUCACAGCGCACUUUCGCAUGCCCAUCCACAUUAUCGAACUCUCCGAAUCUACACCGUUCGACCAGGUGGUUCACACGAUGCGGCACACAGCCUUUGCCAUGGGAAUGCACGGCUCGGCCCUCGCGAACCUCAUCUUCCUGCCCUCCGGGGCGUCAGCCCUGGAGCUCAUCCCCUACAAGUACCGCUACUUCCCCUACCUCACCAUCGCACCUCUUUUCAACAUAAACUACCACCAAUGGACCAAUGAGAAGCGCGAAUUCGCGUCGUUCGACGACGGGUGUUUUGAAGGGAAGUGGGCGAAGCUGAGUCCGUCGGACUGUUGGAAGUUAAAGCCGUGCUUGCGCUGUGUGCGGGACCAUGCGCGCACGCAUGUGGAUCCUGAGAGCAUUGGGCCUGUGCUAGCUGAUAUUGGACGAGAGGUGCGCAUAUGGAUUGGCAUCUACGUCUUCGCCUCCACCACCUCCCGACUCAACCCAGCCACCUUCCAGAGCACCACCUUCCCCUCCUCCACAGCAUGCCACGAACUUAUCCAUGUGCCAGCACAGCAGAUGCAGCCACAUCGCUCCAACCCUCGCCCCUGA